AUGGUAUAUACCAAGACAGCUGUCAGUGCUAAACUUGAAGCCACUGAUAAUACCCCGACGACCUCUCAAACCUUCAAGAAUACCCCGACGACCUCUCAAACCUUCAAGAAUACCCUGACGACCUCUCAAACCUUCAAGAAUACCCCGACGACCUCUCCAAACUUCAAGAAUACCCUGACGACCUCUCAAACCUUCAAGAAUACCCCAACGACCUCUACAACCUUCAAGAAUACCCCGACGACCUUCAAGAAUACCCCGACGACCUCUCCAAACUUCAAGAAUACCCCGACGACCUCUCAAACCUUCCUCUCUCAAGAAUACCCCGACGACCUCUCAAACCUUCAAGAAUACCCCGACGACCUCUACCCUGACGACCUCUCUUCAAGAAUGACCUUUCACGAACUCUUCAAGAAUACCCCGACGACCUCUCAAACCUUCAAGAAUACCCCGACCUCUCAAACCUUCAAGAAUACCCCGACGACCUCUCAAACCUUCAAGAAUACCCCGACGACCUCUCAAACCUUCAAAAUCAAACCUUCAAGAAUACUGACGACCUCUCAACUUCCAACCUCCAUGGCCUCUCCUAACUUCUGCCAACACCACACACCUCUCUAA